UUACAGAUGAGUUUUAAUCCAAAAUCAAAGGAUAAAGCCGGUGAAUUGAGUACUUAUCGUGAUAUGCGGUUUCAGGGAUCUUUGACUGAUCAGGAAAGACUGUUAUCUCAGUCCACGACUUUGUAUAUUGGAAAUCUUUCUUAUUUUACAUCAGAGGAACAAGUAUGGGAAUUGUUUCGUCGUACUGGUGAUAUUCGCCGUGUUAUUAUGGGACUUGAUCGCUUCCAGAAAACUCCUUGUGGUUUCUGUUUUGUUGAAUAUUAUACACGUGCCGAUGCUGAAGAUGCUCUGCGUUAUGUCAAUGGUACAAGGUUGGAUGAUCGUGUGAUUCGUUGCGAUUGGGAUGCUGGUUUCAAAGAAGGACGGCAGUAUGGACGUGGAAAGCAUGGAGGACAAUACAGACAAAACUUUGAUGCUGGUAGGGGUGGCUGGAACAAAACUAUACAGAAGCGUUCUGAACAUAUGAAUCAGAGACCAAAAAAUUCAAUGUUACUGAAUUUAUUUUGUUUCUUAACUACUUUCAAGUUGCUUUAUGCUGAAAAUUCUGAAAUUCGCGAACGUCUAAAUAUUAUCCACACGGCUCGUGAGAAUUCAGUUGAUGUUCUGAUGAAACAUGUUUUGAGGAAUUUUUUGAGCAAGCUUAACAUAGACGUGGAUGAUACAAAUCAGCCAGUUUUUAAGAAAGCUCAGGUUGCUCUUUCAGUUGAGGAUUUAUCUGUGCUCAAGCGUUAUUUACAAAGCGAGAAAACUGUUGAAGAGUUUGGAUUAAGAGAAGAUUUGCGUUUUGCUUUGGAAAAUUUUCUUGUAGAGGCGGAUGUUCGAUCACAAAACUCAAUUCUUGCUUUACUCCAUUCAAUUUUGCCUUAUCUAAUGUUACUCAAUUUGUUAUUAGUUCUUCCUGCUUCUAUAAUUUUAAUCCGCUGGGUUUGCAGUUUUCGUCGACUCUGUUUUGUUGUGUUUGUUAGUGCAUUUGGAAUUUCAUAUUAUUUUGCAUAUAUUCGAAAAUAUCAAGAAGUUUUAGCACAACGAUUUGAACGUGCAAACUGGGAUAGUUCUAAACAUUCUUGUACACCUCGAGGUUUAAUGAGUGAGGCGUUUGAUGUUCUUUUGAGUUAUGUUACAAUCAAAGAUAAAAGUGACUGUUUAAAGUCAUAUGAGGACAUGUUGAUUGAGCCAAUUCUUCUCGUUGAUCCACUUCAGGUGCUCGCCGAGGUGCUUUCAAACUUUGUUCUAUCUCCAUUUUCGAUUGCUGGACUACAUCUUAACCGAUUUUUCAUAAGAUUCUUUGAAAAUACACCAAUCCCAUUGGCACUUCUAAUGGCAGUUCUUCUGUGUUUAAUGCCCGUAUUAAUUGUGUGGAUCGUUCUUCGUAUUCGAGAGCAUUUGGCCAAUGAAAGACGCGAAGACGAACGAAAAGGACGACUGAAAAUGAUUGAUCACUCAUCAACUCAGCCUUGUUUGACUACAUUACCUGCUGAUAAUGUAACCGAGGAAAGGGAACGAAGAUUAAGGCGGAGAGCUAUUGGACAUGAUCGAUCAUCAUCCGUUUCUUCUUUACGAGAAAUCCGAGAGCGGAUGAGGAGGAGGGAAAUUGAACAAUAA